CUCACGAUUAAAGACUGGGGAAAAGUAACUAGGACAGGGCUGAGAAACGGAGCGUUCCGACGGGGCCGCAACACGCGGAGCCUCCGCCCCAAAGCAGCGCGUACUGCCGCCUCGGUAGCUGUCAUGGCGGCCCGGGCCACGUGACCCCGCCUCCGCGCAGGCCUGGUUGCCCGUCGCUCCGGUUCUCCUGACUCUCCGCCUCCCUCCCUUUCUCGUUUGCGGACUUGGACAUUCCCUUUCUUCCCCGAGGAGGACUACUACACAGAUUUCUGACAAAUCCGGGAACAGCUGGAGAAAAUGACACAUUGGUUUCAUAGGAACCCAUUAAAAGCCACAGCUCCUGUCACUUUUAACUACUAUGGUGUAGCCGCUGGCCCUGCUGCUUCAAAAAUUUGCAGUGACUUGAGAUCAUCCAGAGCACGACUGCUUGAACUCUUCACUGAUCUGAGCUGUAAUCCAGAAAUGAUGAAGAAUGCAUCAGAUUCCUAUUUUUCACUUUUACAAGGUUUCAUAAAUUCAUUGGAUGAAUCUACCCAAGAAAGCAAGUUACGAUAUAUUCAAAAUUUCAAGUGGACUGAUACAUUACAGGGGCAGGUUCCAAGUGCCCAGCAGGAUGCUGUUUUUGAAUUAAUUUCCAUGGGAUUUAAUGUAGCUUUAUGGUAUACCAAAUAUGCUUCAAGACUGGCUGGAAAAGAAAACAUAACAGAAGAUGAAGCGAAAGAAGUCCAUCGAAGCCUAAAAAUUGCUGCGGGGAUUUUUAAACAUUUAAAGGAAAGUCAUAUCCCAAAGCUUAUUACACCUGCAGAAAAGGGGAGGGAUUUAGAGGCACGACUACUAGAAGCUUAUGUUGUCCAGUGUCAGGCUGAAGCUCAAGAAGUAACAAUUGCUCGAGCAAUUGAACUGAAGCACGCUCCUGGACUGAUUGCUGCACUGGCAUAUGAAACUGCCAACUUUUAUCAAAAAGCUGAUCAUACUUUAUCCAGUUUGGAGCCUGCGUAUUCUGCUAAAUGGAGAAAGUAUCUUCACUUGAAAAUGUGUUUCUACACAGCUUAUGCUUACUGUUAUCAUGGUCAGACUUUGUUGGCUAGCGAUAAAUGUGGUGAAGCAAUCAGGUCCCUCCAAGAAGCAGAAAAAUUUUAUGCCAAGGCAGAAGCAUUGUGCAAAGAAUAUGGAGAAACCAAAGGACCCGGCCCAACGGUCAAACCUUCAGGACACUUAUUCUUCAGGAAACUUGGAAAUCUUGUGAAGAACACCCUAGAGAAAUGUCAGAGAGAAAAUGGAUUCAUUUACUUUCAAAAAAUCCCAACCGAAGCUCCACAACUGGAACUCAAAGCAAAUUACGGUCUCGUAGAGCCUGUGCCUUUCGAAUUUCCUCCUACAAGUGCACACUGGACACCAGACACGCUGGCCGCAUUUGAUCUCACCAAAAGACCCAAGGAUGACAGUACCAAACCCAAACCAGAAGAAGUGGUGAAACCUGUGAAAGAACCAGAUAUCAAACCUCAGAAGGACACGGGAUGCUAUAUCUCUUAAAGUACAUUGAGAAAAUGGGCACUUUGAAUUUCUUUACUAGUAGCUAAGAGAAACCAUGGAACUUCAUAUUUCUUGAAAUGCUUCCUCUGAAGCCUGUAGAAUGAUUUAGUACAUUCAGAGGGAAAUCUGCCUUCGGUUUAAUUUGUUCUUGAUUUUUAAUGUAGUAGAGUUUUUUUCAUGCUUUGUUUCCAGACGCCUUUUUAAUCAGGACAACAUGUAAAAGAUUUUAUUAUGCCUCUGAAGGGCCUAUUUUGUUGUUGGUUUUUGUCUCCAAACUCUGGGUAGUAAUAAGUUUCUGGUUAAUAUAGGCCAGAAUCAUGUGGUUUCAGGUAUGUUUUUCUGUCUUCACACACAAAAAAAGUUUAUUUUCCUUUCUCUUAUUUGAUGCCAGAAGAAUGAGAGGAGUUGGUUUUUAACGGAGAGGUUUUCACCCUUCACCGUUAUGUUGUCACACAGACAUGCUCUGAGUCUGUUAUCUUUUCUGGUAGAAAAGUUAUUUACAGUUGAAGAUCAGAAAAUCUUCUACCAAAUCCCUCACAUAUAUAAGAAGUGAUAAUUUGUUCGAAAAUCAGUGUUUAUAAGUAUUUUGAGACCAUUUAAGAACUUACGCCAGGGGCAACUGGCUGUCUCAGUGCGGGGA